AUGAAGCUGAAAGACUUUCUUACCGAAUACCUUGAUGGCAUGGGUGUCGAGGAAGUGAAUAAGAAUGUCAGUAUGGAAGCGUUUGCCAUCAGACCAAAGAGAUAUAUAAAAGACGAGAGGCUGUUGAACGUCAUACUCGCGAUGCCGUCAUUCAAGACAAUAGUAGAUGAAAUGAGAUACAGGGAAGCACAGAGGGAAGGAGAGAGGGAAGCACAGAGGGAAGCUGAACACAAGCUCAAAGAGACUGGUGUGUAUUCUCUCCAGCAGUGGGACGUGUAUGAUAAAAAGGAACAAGUUAACCCUUUGGUGAGAGCAGUGUUAAAUGCAGCUCUUGACGCAAUACGGAGCUAUGAGAAGAAGGAGGAGGAACGUCAACGCCAACUGAGGGAAGAAGAGCAACGCCGACAAGUAGGGGAAACCCUGUCAGGCGUCUACGAGUCUGUAUUUAACGCUACAUGGAAUCAUGUGGUGGAGGUCCCUGGUGACAGUGAAGGAGUCGGAAUGGAGGUGAGGGAAGGCAGGCCGUCGAGGGAAUGGACAGACGAAGAGGUGGGCUAUGUUCUUCUUGGUGGUGCUGUGGGUACUAACGGGAAUCACGCAAAUAGAGAGAAUAUGGCGAAUCCGGAGGAACCACGUAAGAACGAAGAGGGCACCAGGCCAGAGGGGACGGCGGAUCUACAGGAACCACCUGCUGAGCUAAUGGUGCUCAAUUCUGAAGAAGGUUGGCCGUACACGUGGUUAAUGGCAGAAGCCAGUUGCGACUGCCACAUCGGCCGCGAGACGGAACGUGUUUGGCGCAUCAUUAAGCGUGAUGUAGACGAAUGGUUUGCGUGUCGUGGUGGNUGCCAAAUCGGCCGCGAGACGGAACGUGUUUGGCGCAUCAUUAAGCGUGAUGUAGACGAAUGGUUUGCGUGUCGUGGUGGGGAUGAUGCGGGACCGGGAAAGCGUCUUUUGAUUGGGACACCUGGUAUGGGGAAAUCAAUGGGGACUGGUUCGUAUCUCCUCUACCAACUGUUGCACUAUGACAAGGAACGACUUCCAGUGGUUGCAUACUUCAUUAAAGAUUACGUGUUCAUCUUUGACAAAACCAGAGGUGAAGAACAAGGACGCGUGGAGCGCUACGAAAGCAUUGAAGGUGGAGAGAAUGCUGUGGGACGUCUCUCUCUUACUGUGAGGGGAUACAUAAUCUACGAUGUGGCAAAGCAAGGAAGUGAGCCGUCAGUGGAUUUACCUCCAAAGGGAUGGGGCAUGAUUGUUGUGAGCUCUCCAAACAAGGACAACUUCAAAGGAUGGGAGAAACAAAGAAGAGCAAGGCGUAUCAUAAUGAAUUGCCCUGAGACGAGUGAACUGAAUGCGAGGUGUGUGUGGAUACACCACGAUAAAACAGAGGAGGAACAACAGAAAGAAUGGAAGGCUGUGGAAGAGCGUAUAAGCAAUGUGGGACCACUUCCCCGCUACAUUUUUUGUAGUGAAAUUGAGUACAGAGGUCGUCUUGAUGCGGUCGACGAGGCGUUGAGCUGUAUCACACCAUCCAAUGCCGACCUAUACUUUGGAGUGCACAAAGGAUGUGCUUGGCAAGGCCAAGAUCCCUGCCAAAUGCUUGGGAAAAUCACUCGGUAUUCCGCGCCAGGGGAAGCCGAGUAUUACAGCAACGAUCCGCUGGCAUCUGAGAUAAGGAAAGCAAUAAGGUACCGUGCGGGAGAUGCUGUUGACACCUCUGCUGCUCUGAUGUCGUUGUUGCUUCCAUUUGAGGAGAUGGUGCCGAAAAUCAUGGAUAAAUUUGCAGUUGCGGCAUUUUUGCACGAGGAGUUC